UCCCAUAGAACUGGUGCAUUCAACAUCAGACACUUGUCAGCCUUCAAAGACUUCUUUAAGCUCUCAAAGAAAAUCCUAAACAAAACUCAUCAUCAUGUUCAAAUUCUUCGUCUUCUCUUGUGUUAUUGCCGCAGCUGUUGCUAGACCCGGUGGACUUCUUGGACCAGCAUUGAGUAUUGCUGCUCCUUCAACCAUCGUUACAGGACCUGCUGCCACUACCAGUAUUUUAAGAACUGCUCCAAUUGCGUUGGGUUCACCUUUGGGAUUGAGCGCUGGAAUUAUCCCAAAUGGACUUAUUUCUAAUGGAUUACUUACAACAAAUGGAAUUCUAUCAAAUGGCUUAAUUUCAAAUGGUUUGAUUUCAAAUGGAUUGAUCUCAAACGGAAUUAUUGGUAAUGGACUUAUUGCCAAUGGACUUGUAUCCAAUGGAUUAAUUUCAAAGGGAUUGAUUUCCAAUGGAUUGGUCUCAAAGGGCUUGAUUUCUAAUGGAUUGGUCUCUGGUGGUAUUUUGAGCAACGGUUUGGUGUCAUCUGGCAAAUUGUUGAUUUAAAGAUCAUGUUCAGUUGUUGUUGUAUAGUGGAAUAAAAAAAUAUA